UCGCUCGACAACGAAACGGCAGGCGAAUGUCAUGUCAGUCAGUAAGUCAGUUCAGUUGUGUAUUGCAGUUUGCGGCAGUUGGUGAUCAGUCGAACUUGAAUUCUGAUUUAUUGUAUAAUUUACAUCGCACUUUCACUAGUUUAACCUGUUUAAUUCUUGUUUGAAACUAUUUUCCUGAAAAGUUAGUAGUGUGAAAUUCCUUGUGAACUGUUGCCGAACUGUUUUUUUGGCAAAACCUUUAACGCAGUGCAGUUUUUCUGGACGGACCUGUUUUUGUGUGCAAAUUCGUUCCCGUUUUGGCGCAACUUGCUUGGAAUAUAUUAUUGGAUGGUCUGAAAGAAUAAUGGAGCGAGCACAACAAGACAGGCAUUGAGGAGAAUGUGGCGAUACCAUAGAGCCCCUUGCUUAUACUUCUCUUUAUAUAAGGGGUGUUGGCGUGUGCCCCGGAUGCGUUGAUGGGCGGCGCAGGCGGCGGGCGAGCGGCGCGCGCGCUGCGGCUGCUGCUUCUCCUGGUGAUGGCGCUAGCCGCCGUCGAGUACCUUUUCGGCUCCAUCCUCCCCGCGUCCCCGCUGCGCACCUACAUCUACUCGCCGCUCUAUAAUGCCACGCAGCCAACCCUCAAGACGAGAGAAACCUCAUCGGCGUCAUGGCCUAAGAGACUGACGGAUCCGAGCGCCACAAGCGAAGUCUCAAACAUAACACAAAUAGCAGCUGAAACCAGAACGUCUACGUUAAAUGAAACCCCAAGAAUUAUCCCCACUACAACUACGAGUACUAAGAAGCCGUUGGACAAUUCUUCACUUAUAUUCUCCAAGUUGCUGGAGAAGAAUCAGGUCUCCACCGAUGUCGGCAACGUCACGAAAAACUCGACUUUAAUGCCGUACUGCGAAACACCAUCAAACUUAGGUCCGAUAGACGUGAACAAGACGGAGAUAGACCUGGCGUCGCUGGACCUCAAGUUCCCGGCAGUGAAGCAAGGUGGCUGGUACAGCCCGCCCAAUUGCACUGCCAAGCAUAGAGUUGCCAUCAUUGUGCCAUAUAGAGACCGCCAGCAACAUUUAGCGAUCUUUUUAAACCACAUGCAUCCGUUCUUGAUGAAGCAACAAGUAAUAGAGUAUGGGAUAUUUAUCGUGGAACAACAAGGUAACAGCGAGUUUAACCGCGCGAAACUGUUCAACGUCGGGUUUGUGGAGAGCAAUAAGAUGCGUGAUGACGAGUGGCAGUGCUUCAUCUUCCACGACGUGGACCUGCUGCCGAUGGAUGAGAGGAACCUGUAUACCUGCCCGCGACAGCCGCGACACAUGUCCUGCGCUAUUGAUAAACUUAACUACAAACUGCCGUACGAACAGAUUUUCGGCGGAGUGUCUGCAAUGACGAACGAACAGUUCGUGAAGGUCAACGGCUUCUCCAACAAAUACUGGGGAUGGGGGGCAGAGGACGACGACAUGGCGUACAGACUGAAGAAAAAGGGCUACCAUCUAUCAAGAUAUAAGCAGUCUAUAGCUCGGUACACCAUGUUAGACCACAAGAAAGCUAAGCCGAACCCCAAGAGAUACAAACUGCUGUAUCAAACCAAGAAUAUCGCUGCAGAUGGCCUCUCCGAUCUGGAGUACACCGUCGUCGAAGUCAUGAAGCAUCGGCUCUUCACGUUUAUAUCCGUCAAUUUAGAUGAAAGUAGCUGAUGGACGUAUUUCGCCAAACUCCUGUUUGGCGAUCAGCGGUAACAGCCAUUUUGUAACUAAUACGCGGUAACUAGUACAGUAACUAUUACGGGCACUACCGCGAUAACUAGGUGAUAAUGAAUGUAGGUGUUAAGCAAUGGUUACCUUUGAGUUGUUAAGAUCUCUUUGUGUCCGAGAAUGUUUGGUGGCGAUUUUCUCCGAUAUUUUAUGAUUUUCAAGUAAUAUAAUAGAUUGGGAUUCUAUUAUGUAAUUAGGGGUGCUGUUUUGAACAUUUAAAUACGACGUUCGCGACGCGAUACGUGCUUCGACCAAUAGACGUAGCAAUGGUAUCUAUGUAGACAUAUACGCUGCCUCUAUUGGUCAAAAGAAGCGGUAUUAGUCGCAUCCCCUCAGAUAGCGAGCGCCAUGCCGCAAGUGCAUGAGUCCCUUACGAUAUAAAUUCGAAAAAAAAAUGCAGCUAAUAUACACACCCAUUACACAUGUAGUAAUAAAAAAAAGUUGUAAAUGAGAAACAUUUGCUCGUUAGGAAACUGUAUGUAAACAGUAAUCAAUGUCAUGUACCCACUUUAGAACCCUGUCGCCCUAACACAUUUGAAAUUAAGUGCGACUUGAAGUUCAUUUGUCAAAAAAGUUAAUAUGACAUAGUGUCCAUACAUCGGAUAUUAUUGGCACUGUUCUGUAUUUAACUUGGUGUCAAACAAAUUGAUAUUACAAUUUGAUAUCUCGUAGGAGCUCGAAACUGAUCUUAUAAUUUUUGCAUUUCACUAGUCGUCACUACCUACCAACUAGCUUAUUAAGUAUUUUAAAAUACAUACAGUUAUGGUCCUACCACAAAACAAUGUUAAGAAUUAAAACACUGUUUGAAAAGAAUGAAGUUGAACCAAAUUAUUUGAAAAUUGAAUUCACUUUUGCUUGUUACCUGUCGUUUUGCUCAAACAGUCUCUAAGUGCUCAUUACAGUUUUGUGGUAAAACCGUUACUGUUUUUCGAUGUGUUAUGCAAUCAGAUUCCCAAUACUGGACCAAAAUGAUUGAAAAAAUAACUAUAAGAUAGGAAUUUCCGAAUCGUAAUUUAAUAAACAUUUCCAUUUUUAAAAUCUACUAAACUUUGGCCGAUUUAAGUAACUAUUAACAUUAAUUGUACAGUACCGUCGUCGUUAAAAAGUAAAAUUAUUCUCUAGAUAAAAUAUGGCCAUAUUAGAAUUUUCUUCAAGUACAGUCGACGACAAUAUACCUAACUCAUAAGACUUAGUCCACUACGAAUAAUGUAAGUAAACACAUGUACAGUCGCUUUAGGAUUUAUUUUUUAUCGGAGGACUCCUACAAAUAUGGUCAUACUAAUUAUUUUAACGUUACAACAAUUCAUGGCGACUGUACAUUAAGAUACUUUAAUUAAUAGCAUGCAUUAUAAUCUCGAAUACAUUCAAUUAUUAUCUCAAAAAGUUCUUAAUCUUACUAUAUUAGCGAAUCUUAAUAUUAUGAAACUUCUUUUUAAUUCCUUUUAAUUUUUCGAAAAAUGUUUGUCUUAUAUUUUUAUAAGUAAUUCUUUUUUUAAAGAUCUGUGUAUACUUAAUCUUCACUAAUACGAUACAUUUGACUGUAAACGUAAUAUUUAUAUAAGUAAAUAGUUUUGCUUUUGUUGUAAUUUUAAGAGUAAAACUGUUAGUUUUAUUUUGUCGUUGUAUAUUAAAUUUGUAAUAUUCAAAAAUGCACUAGUUUUUAACGCACUGAGAGGUCGUGCCGACUGUGAUGACUCCGUUUCUGUUGCGAAUUGCAGUUUCUACAUUCAUUCUCAUAAAUAAUAUUUCACUAAAUAAUUAGGUACAAGGGGGUUAAAAAGGCCACUUCGGAGCAAUAAGCUACUUGACAAGCUAGUCAAAUGAGAUACUUUUUACGAAACGUCAAAUCGAAAGUUUUCUUUGGAAUUUGUAUAGAAAUACUGUCCUGAAACGUUAUCAAUAAAAGCGGUCAAUCGUCGUACUCAUUGUUUCUUAAUUCAUAAAUAAAAUUCGGAAAUAAGUAGUAGUAGUAUAAUGGGAUUGAUUUUUGAUCAUCUCAGACUGGCUUAUAUUUUUAGGUUACCAUUUUAUAAUUCUAUUCUUGACCCAGUCAAAUACCCUAUUCAUUUAAAAAGAAAUAUUACAAUUUGACAUUUACGCAUAUAAAAGUAAGUGAGCAAUGCAAACAAAAUGUAAAAUCAAUAUUUCUGUUUUAGAUUGUUUUCAUGUGGCCUUUUUAACCCCCCUUAUCUAUAUUUAAAUAUUUUAGUAUGUUGUAUAGAUAAGCUGUACUAGGUAUUUAUUAAAUAGCCCAUUAAAUAAAUAUUUGAAUGACCGCAGUAAACAAACUUUCAAACACCUUACAGCAUGGCUACGCGUGCGGUAAAGAGUGAUAAAAUUCCAUUUCACGCAUGUUGCAUUUCGAAACUAUUAAACACAAACGUCAUUAUAAACGCGCGAAAAUAACCUUGAUUUUUUUUUUCUUUUGCCCAUUUGUGGGUCAGGCUAAGAUCAUAAGACCAUGCUGCCUAGUCUUCAGUACAUUUUCUUUGCUGUUAAAUAACCUUGAUUUACAUUUUAAUUAUAAACUUUUUAAAAUCAGCAGCAGCAACGGAAUCAUCGUAGUUACCUUUUAAAAGUAAUAUUUAUUAAUAAGCGUACUUAAAGAGACAAUUGUACAUAGCUUGUAGAUAGAUAGGAGAACUACCAAAACAUUUUCAGUGUUUAUAUUAAUGCAAUAAGAUUAUACUCUUGAAAAAGUACUAAUUAUUGCCAAUAUUGAGUCACAAACGAAAAUUAAAAUGUUAAUCGUGAUAUAAAUGAGAUUUGUCAUCACAUUAUUUUAAUUUUAGAAAGAUGGUUUUUACUGUUAGAUGUAAGACAAUGUGAUAAAUUACAUAAGACAUUGCUCGAAAGAUUUUUGAUGUUAAAAUUUAUAGUUCAAUGUUUAGUUAGUAGGUUAUUCUCAUAUAAAAAGCUAUGGCUACGCAUAUAAUAUGAUUUUUAUUGUCCGAAUGCCCGAUAGUGACAACUAUUCGAGCUUCGACCAAUGCACGCAGAGUUCUCUGUUCACGUAGCAUUUUUUGGAAAGAUAACAUUGGGUAAUGGAUUAGCACCGAUUUUCUAUUCCUUUCUGUUACUCAGAACCGCCAUUUGCUAAAGCGAGAUAAAAAGUGGGAGUGCACUCCGACAGCCCCGUCGAUUUCCUCGCUUGCGGUCGCUUUAUCUCGUUCUAGCAAAGGAUGGUACUGGGUGACAGAAAAGGACAGAAGCCUAGGAAAGUGCGGGUCAUAGAAAAGUAUGGUGAUGGUUUUCUGUACGUAAUUUUUAGGUGUUUCUUCCAAAACAAUGGCAGUUUGUAUGAUAAUAACCUACUACUUAAUUUGUACUAUCCCCGAGCUGUGUUCUCUUUUAAUUCCUUACAAUGUAAACAUUUCCAUUGCGUUUUAAAAUUAUACACUAGAAUUAUUACAUUAUUCUUCUUAGACUAAAAGCAAUGCUCUGUUAGAUCGGCCUAUAUUUAAUAAUAUUUUACGAAUUGUGCUGCUAUUAUUAUUAAUUUUUAUAAUACGUUUAUUAACAAUUCAAUUGAAAACUGUCUUUAAAAUUCACCCUUUGUAUAAGAAAACCUAAAAAAAAAACUUUUAUGAAAAAUAAUAGGUAUUGGUUCCCAUGCUGGCAGACAGACUUAAACAUAAUUUGAUUUGACAGUUUUAAAAAUAGUGCUAUCCUUCUCUAACGAUGAGUGCAAGAAAGAGACAGAAAUAGUUUAAGAAAACUCAAGGAGUCUGCCAGAAUCGGUACUAUUAGGUUUUUAAUUUCAGGUUUCAAAUUAAAAUAUGUUAAGUACAUAAUUAUAUUUACCAAAUAAUAAAAAUACUUCAGAUGUUACUCUUUGUUAUGGCAUUUUUCCUCCGUACAUUUAUGCCUAAUGCUUAUCACACAAUGGAUAAACCUAAUAUAAUAUUAAAAUAUCCUAAGAUAGAUACUGGAGCUAAUUCCUGUGCACACCACCUAAUUUUAUUUUAAGUUAUACCUGUCAUUUUCUUAUCUUAAAGGAAAGGAACAGAUGAUUGACAGCAGUUAAUUUUGAAAUGAAUGAGUGAAUGAACAAAUAACCCGGGCGAAUCGAAUAGUCUCGCUGAUAUGCGACCCGUUUGACGUGUGCUGUCAACUGAAUUUUGUGGGGUUAUUGGCCAAUUAAAAGUUUUAGAUUUCUGCCUAAAAGUGACGUGUGUUCCAAAAACUAUGGCUGUCGAUUACCCGUCCCUGUCCUUUUCGGCGGAUAAGAAAAGGACAGGUAUAACUUAAAAUAAAAUUAUAAUAAUAUGGUAUCUACAGGUACAGUCAGGCCGGUACAGGUACCACCGAGAUACAAGAGGGAGCAACAAAACUGUUUCUUUCUUUCCCGUGCGUAACUUGUACUUGUUUCAUUUGUAAUUAUCAUUGAUAUACGAUAAUUAUCAUUGGUAGUUAUUAUAUCAAUGAUAAUUUUGAUAAAAAUUACACAUUGCAAAAUUACGAAAUUUCGGGCAUUUGUGCUCGCAAUAUUAACUACCCACACAUAACUGAUGUGACCGUACAUUGAGUAUACAUAUAAAUAUUCCCUUCACUUGUAUGCAUAGAAAAUAUAAUAUGGAAACUGUUAACUGAAAAGUCAAUAUUUUAUCGUAAGUAGAAUUUUAUACCAUUUAAAGUUAUAGCGCGAGAUACAAUUAAAUACUAAUGAGUAUAUAACUGACACAAGUAUUUGCUAUUUUACAAAACACUAGUACUCGAAUACUUUGACGGUUACGUAAGUUUACGUGCUAGAAAAUAGCUACGUUGUAUCUAGUACCUAUUUCAGAUUUGAUAAAGCCAAGUUUCUAUGGAGACUAAAUAUUUUGUAGAACCCUGUCACAUUAACAUGUUUCACAGAUUUCGUCAAAUAAGAUAAAGCGAAAUGGUAACUACAGUAUAAUGUAAAAUCCUUUUUCUCGUUCCUUUCACACUAGACGAUGUAUUAUACAGGGUGUUAGUAACAUCGUAACGAAUACUCAGAGGCAUGAUUCAGACCAUGAUUCUGAGUUAAUAUCAAGUGGAGUGGUGUCAUUCUAAUUGUAUCCUCUAUAUGGUAAGUAUUUAGGUGCUAAGUAUUUUGUAAAAUAGCUACUAUACUUGGAGUCAGCGCACACUACCUUGACAGGCCAAUAGUUUGAUCAGUACCAUCAGUCUAGCGUGAACCUGCAGCUCACGACUAUAUCCUAAUGAGGAAUUUUCCAGGCGACGUUCCCCAAUAAGAAUUCAUAUGGCGCUAUGCAGACUUCCCUUCGUUCAACCUUCUAAUUUCAUGGAUAACAGAAUUUCAUGGAAUAUCCAUUUCUUUGAGUAUAAAUGAUGACUAAUUACAUCCAGGCACAAUUACAUCUUACAUCCAUUAUAAUUCUGAUCAAAAUAAUGAGAAGCAAUAUAGGUAGAAACUAAAUUAUUCAUAUUCAUUUAUUGCAUGUCACAAACAUAAAUUAAGGUGGAACAUAGUAAAAAGGUACAUGUGACGCCCUGCAAGGGCACGGCAAUAUAAAAGAGGCGACACUAGGUGCCUUAUUAUAAUAAUAUUAUAACAACUAACUAAAUAUUAUUAUUAAUAAUAUUUAUUAUUAUUAAUUAUUAUACAUAAUGUGAUCCAAAUAUCAUCAUCAUCUCAGGCCUUUACAUCACAUCACAUAUUUACAUCUUUAUCAGAUGAUUCAGAUGAUUCAAACAGCGUUUCUGUGGCAGCUUUCUUUUUUUUAUCCAAAUAUCAAUCAACAAUGAUUUAUAUGCUUCUGCCAUUACAUUGUAUUUUGGAAUACUGAGUAAUGAGAAACUAGGUAAUUAUCUCGCUAAAGCUGUAGACGCCAUCUACAUUGUUUGUGGUGAAAGUACCCUGGAAAGUCCUUCAAUGGGGUAAUCACAGGUACAUCCAAUUCCAGAUGAACUAAUUACCCGCACUUCACCCAGCUUUCUAUUAGACCAACGUGCUAGGUGAGACUUAUCGCCUCCUGUAAUGGUCGAGCCAACUGUGUUAGUGAAAACGGCAUUUAAGAUAAAUUGAUAACUCAGAUAGACUGUUUAAAUUGGCUUUAUAUGCCCGGUAACUUGAUUAACGAUUCUUGUUUUUAAAACGUAAUAUUUUAUGAUAAAAAAUAGCAUCAAACUAUUGGCUGAUUAAGUCGGUAUUAUUCGCUUCCUCGACUUACUGUAAGUAUUAGGAAAAACAAUUACGAACUGAAUCAAUUACCUAGUUCUGUCAUAGUUAUACGGAGUAAUACAUAGCUUGGAAGACUAAAUUGUCUCAAUAAAUAUAUAAGUAUUAUAAAUUAUAUCGAUUCUGACAGAUAUAAACUUAAUUUUAAUUAUAUAAAAAUAUAAAUUUGAAAGUUCUAAAACGAGCUCUAUCCCUUUCUUGCACUUGGUGUAAAUAAAAGAUAGCACUAUUUUUAAGAGAUUUCAGACAAAGAAAAUUAAGUCUUAGGUCUACCAGAAUCGGUACUUAUAACUAUAAACAUUAGGCUCACAACUCGCGCUAUAUAAUUAUGUAUAUUUUGUACUCGCAAACUAAUAGAGCCUAAUUAUUGAAGACUAUGUUCAUAUUACAGUAGAAUGAAAAGAUAAAUACCGUUGUAUUAUACCUAUGUAUUAUUAGUACUUAUUUUAUUAAUUAAAAAUAUUUUUAAUUAAUGUUCGACUCUAGCUGAUCUCUGGUUUGACAGCUCUAAAAAUAGUGCCCUCCUUCAAAGAAAAUAAAAGAGCUACUGUGUGCGCAACCUAGAAUAAAGAGUAAUACUACGUACAGAAGUGACACUCCGCCCCGCACUAAUAUGAGUUUGGAUUACCUCACCCCCGUUGCGAGUCUACUUUAGGCUACUAAGCAGUAGGGGAGCGCGCCCGGACUGUGUGUCUUGCUCGCACGCACGGGGUAAAGCCGCAUACACAACAUAUGUGUAGUGUCUAUGUAGGAACGAGAUUUUUGUAUGGAGUUUGCGGGCCGUGGCGAGGGUCAAUAGAUGUGGAUUAUUUAAAGCUCAAUGCAUACAGAAACGAUGCCCAAAUACGUCGCAGGCCAGGUUAUUUUGUUGGUAGAAUAUUUUACAUGUGUUUUCUACUAGUAUGAACAUGUCUCAAAUCCUGCUUAGCCAUCCAGAAUAAUAAUUAAGUAGUAACAACUAGCUGUUAGACCAUGUUACUUAAGGAAGGUGAUUACGCGCAUUGUUUUAAUUUGUCCAAAUGGUUUUUAUGAAUAUAUUGUUUGUUUUUUUAAUAA